AUGCUUUUGAACUUAAUUUCUGUUAUAAACAGAUUCACAUCAACUUUUAUAUUUUAUAAAUUCAUUUGGAAACGUGAAUUUAUAAAUAUUCUAGUUGUGAUAUGUUUAGGAGCUGGCUGCUUUGCUACAAUUUACGAAAUUGAUUUGAAAAAUUAUUAUACACUUUCAUCAGAUUUGAUUUGGGAAGCAAAUUAUAUUUCGAGUCGCUCAAAUAAUCUACGAAUUCGAAUUUUGUCUUCAAAAAUAUGCACCGAUUUGCUAUUUAUUUUUGGAACAAGUAUCACAUAUUUUCGAAUAAAAAAAUUGAAUUUACCUAGUGAAAAUGUGAGUUAACUCGAAAAUUCUAAAGUUAUCCGAUUUAUUUUUUUCAGAAGAUUCUACGACUUCUGAUGUUACAUAUCCCAAUUCAAAUCACUUUUUAUAUUUAUUAUUUUCGAAUAAUUUUUAUUGCGACUGAUGGGAGUUUUGAUAUGAUUUUUGUGAGUUUUUCAGUUGAAAAAAAAAGUUUUGAGAAAAAAUGACGUCGAAUUCCCCCCGCAAAAAUAAUAGUGAAAGCCAAUUUAAUGGUGCAAAGUGCUCUUUGCAUGGCUCUAAAAAUAAAUAAUAUGUGUGAAAAAACUUUGAGCCCUUCUCUAGAAAGCUCUCGAAAGUUUCGAUUUCAGAUCUUCCACAGAAUUUCAAAAAUGUUAAUGGAUCAAUUCAUCUGAAGAAAAAAUGAAUUUCGCGACAUUUUUUGUCGCGAAAUUGCAAUUCGCGAAACGACACGAAAUUAAUAAAAUAAAAGAGGAAAUUCUUUUUUUCGUGUGUUGGGUCUCGCAGCGAUUACGUGUCCUUUUAAUAUUUCUCCUUUAUUUUUGUGUUUAUUUCGUGUCGUUUCACGAAUUGCAAUUUCGCGACAAAAAAUGUCGCGAAAUUCAUUUUUUCUUCAGAUGAAUUGAUCCAUAAAUAUUUUAAGAUAGAAGAAAUUGCGUUUUUCGAAUAUGUUGGAAAUGCAUUUUCAAUUCUCGCAAUCGAUGAAACACUUCGUAGAGAUGUUUUUGCAAUUAUUAUGUGGCGUAGAAAGAAAAUAAUUGCUUCAACAACAUUUUUUUGA